AUGUCGGACGACGAGGAAAAUGUGCCUUCGUUUCUCGACGAUGUAAGAGUAAAGUUUGUCGAGGGCAAAGUUUGUAAGUUCCUACAAAUGCAGCAUCAAGUGUGGGAUAAAAGUGCUGCCAGUCAAGACUUCCAAACACUUUUGGCAGACCUUUUUGAAAAACACACGACUGUUUAUUUUUCUUUGUCAAAGACAGGUAGUCUGGUCGCUACUAAUGAGACACCGAGUGUUGCCAGAAAUAGGCUCAUUUACACCACAAAGAAGCGAGCUGACCCCGUCAAUUCAGAAGACUACAGGGAGCUUCUGCUUUUUGGUGUAUUGGCUCCAUGUCCAUUACUGCAACUGUCAAUCAUAGUUGAACAGAUAUGUGCCCCAUUGCUGUCCAACAACCUUAACCAGCACACAUGGCCACAACUGUUAUCUGAGGAUGUUACUCGAAAUGCAAGGAGUAUAUGCAGUAAAACAUCAGUUGUGCGGAGACGUGCUUUGGGGAAAUCUGUCCUCGCUGUCCCACCUGAUACAGACUGGAUAGGAAAUGCAUCCAGUUCUUCUAAAAUGUAUGGUAACUAUGACAGGGCACUGGCUCACAACAUAGAGACCCAGGUCAGUAACUGGACCAAUCUGAUCCAGAGAAUGUUGAAGGAGGAUUCAUCAGACAUACUUCUGACUGGCAGUAAUCCUGGGCCCGAUGCAGAGCUGAGGUUUUGGGCUUCCAGGAAGAGCAAUAUUCAGAGCAUCUAUCAACAGCUUCAGAGUCCUGUUGUUCAGGAGAUGGCAAAGAUGUUGGAGAUGAUGGAAAGCAGCUAUUAUCCUGCCAUAAAGAGCCUGAUAGGAAAUGUAUUUGAUGCACUCGAAGAAGCAGAGGACAUUGACCUGUAUCUACAGCCACUGUGUGUUCAACUUUCUCAAAUGGAAAAUCAAGGAUUCGCACACUUUGAAGCCUCCAUCCCUGCACUGUUUCAUCUGUUAUUCCUCAUCUUGACUAAUUGCCAACCAUAUCAAAGGCCCACACGAAUCGUUGUCUUACUUCAGCAGUUUUGCAAUCUGCUCAUUGAACAGGCAUCUACAUAUUUGUCUGCUGACUUAUUACUGCGAGAAGACCCUGAGGAAGGUCUACACAUGGUGAAGAGGGUGAUAAAACUCUUCAGAUGUUUCAAAGAGAGUUAUCAGAGUCAAAGGGAGAGGUUGGCAAGCCGUGCAAGACAUGCUCCGUGGGAUUUCCCAUCUGUCAUGAUUUUCACACGUUUCAACAUCUUCCUUAACCGCAUGCUACAACUGGAGGACAUUUUUGAAAUAAUGCUGGAAUACAAAAGAAUGGAAAAACUGGAAUUUGGUGGGCCGAAAGGCAAACUCUACAGUGAGCGUGUUGCUCAGAUGUACACUGAGUUCAGUGAGCACUGCCUGAAAUUGAUCCACUGUGAUCACAACACUCUUGACUGCAACGGCCAGGAUUUUGAGAAGGAAUACACAAAUUUCAAAGUGAAGAUUGUGGACUUUGAAUACCGAUUUGCCAGCCUACUGUGCUCAGCGUUUAAGGAUUGUGCAGGACUAGAAUCAGCAUUUAAACUGUUAACAAUUUUUGGACCUUUCCUUGAAAGAGGACACAUUCUACAAGUAUUCAGUCCCAACAUUCCUCUACUGCUGCAACAAUUCCGAGAUGAGCUGGACAAUUGUAAAUGGCUCUUUAAGUCACAAGUCGAUGAGUUGGAAAGUUGUUUGGGAAAGAACAUGACUCGUAUGUCUGGAGUGUUAAAAUGGGCAACAAUGAUCAGAGAACGCAUUAAAGCCCCAUGGGAAAAAAUGAAAAUUGUAUCUGAGGGAGGCAUGGAUACAACAGAAGAGCACCACAUAUCCACGGAGAUGAUUAGUCUUCUACACCAAUGGGAGGAAGGUGUUUAUACUGAGUGGUGUGAUGGUUUGGAGCAGGUUUGCCAGAUUAACCUGAAACAACCACUCAUUUUUAGAAACUCCUCAAAUGACCUCAUCGCAGUCAAUUUCAAUCCCAAACUGGCUGAAAUCUUGAAAGAUGUGAAGUACAUUCAAACGCUCAACCUUAACAUCCCUGUGGCAGCCAUGACUGUUUUUGAGAAGCGUGACCUUUUCACAAAGUAUGUGAGCAGUCUGCAGCUAAUCGUGCAAUGGUACAACAAACUCAAACAGUCUCUCCUCGAAAUUGAACUCCCACUCAUCAGAGAUGAACUGGCCUCAGUCGACCAAUUACUGAAAAGAGCGGAGACCGACGUGAUGUGGCAAGACCAGGACUGCUGGAGCUUCAUAAGCACCACAAAAAAACAAGCCGAAGACCUUGUUAACCGAGUCGUUAGAGCAAAGGAGAACCGUGAUGCCAUUCAAUCAAUGAUGAAGAGAUGGAGCAAACACACUAUGUUUUGCAGAAAGGACAACAAGAAAAGCUCACUGCUACAGCUUGAGGACAGGGGAGACCGUGUUAACAAGAUAUAUAGCUCAAUAAAACAAGAUGGAGACUCCAUCCACAAGUUGGUCCAGGAGAACAUGGUGCUGUUCAAUGCAGACCCAACUUCAGACGCUUGCCGGGCCUACAUGGACUAUGUGGACGAGAUGGUGGUCGAGGGUCUUUUCGGCUUCAUCGGUCACUCACUCCAAUUCUUUGUGGACAACAUGGACUCAUAUCCCAAGCAGGCCCCUCUAUUUGAGGCUCAUUUGAUGCUUACGGAUUCUGGGAUGAUCUUCCUUCCAUCACUGGAGAGAGAUGCAGGAGAUGGCUUCUAUGAGCUGUUAGAAGGACUGGUUGGAGAUAUAUUUAAGGCAGCAGUGAAUAUCAACAGGUUGGCUUCUGAUUUUAGCGUGGACAACUAUCAGGAUGUAAUGGAAGACAUGCUUGAUUUGUUGGAUUUGCGGAAGGACGUGAUGGAGAGAGUUGAGAAUGUCCGCAACAAAUCCAUAUCUUACCAGAGACAGUUUGAUUGCUACACCCAUUUGUGGCAAGAUGACCGGGCAGAGUUCCUCACCCAGUUCCUCUUGUAUGCACGAGUGCUAACACCUGAAGAGGUGGAGGCUCACAGAGCUGAUAUUCUCCCAGAGAGCCCUCCUACCGUUGAUCAAUUCAAAGAACAGAUUGAUUACUACGAGGACCUGUACUCUGAAACAUGCAAACUUGAAGAUUCCAGAGUAUUUGAUGGAUGGUUUCGGGUGGAUAUUAAGCACUUCAAAGCCAGCCUCCUAAACACUAUUAAGAAGUGGAGUUGGCUUUUUAAGGAGCACCUCUUGACAUAUGUCACGAACAGUCUUGAUGGCCUUCAAGGAUUUGUCCGUACUACUGUUGAAGGGCUUGCUAAGUGUGUGCCAAAAGGAGACUACCAGAGUCUGGUGGAAGUCAUGAGUCACCUCCUGGCCAUUAGAGACAGACAAGUUGUCACCGACAAGAUGUUUGAGCCUUUAAGGGACACAGUGAUCCUCCUAGAACGGCAUGGAGUGACCAUUCCUGACAAGGUCCAUUUUCAGCUUGAGGAACUCCCUGAAAAAUGGAAUGGGGCUAAAAAAUUGUCCUUAAAAGUGAGACAUGAGGUCGCUCCUCUGCAAAAUGAAGAAGUGAUGGUUUUACGAAGAUGCUGCUUGGAAUUUGAGGUGAAACAAAGCCAAUUCAGGGACAUCUUCAGAGCAACUGCACCUUUCAGUUACAAAACAUCUCAUCCCUACAUUAGUCUGGAUAAAUCUGAAAAAGCAAUCCGAGAAAUGGACAGAGAGUUGUCAGUGUUGCAGGCCUCAACACACCUAUUUGACGUCACAAUUCCUGAAUAUAAAGACAUCAAGCUCUGCAAACGCGAGAUCAUUGUUCUCAAAGAACUGUGGGACAUUGUCAUAUUUGUGCAUACCAGUGUGGAACACUGGACAAAGAGCAAAUGGAGGCAGAUAAACUUGGAGCAGAUGGAUGUAGAAUUGAGGGGGUUUGCUAAGGACAUGCGGAAGCUUGACAAAGAGGCUCGUGUAUGGAAUGUGUAUUCCGGUUUAGACCUUUUUGUGAAGAACCUGUUGACGUCACUGCGAGCUGUGAGUCAGCUACAGAACCUUGCAAUACGAGAGCGUCACUGGGUGCAACUAAUAAGGACAAUGCAGAUGAAUUUCACUGUGACUGAUCAUACCACCCUGGCGGACCUUUUGGCUCUGCAACUUCAUCUUUACGAAGAAGAGGUCCGCAGCACCGUGGAUAAGGCAGUUAAAGAAAUGGCCAUUGAGAAGGUUGUGACAGAAAUUAGUCAGAUAUGGGCAUCAAUGGAGCUUUCUUAUGAAGAUCAUUACCAAACCUCUGUGCCCCUUCUCAAAUGUGACGAGGAGCUCAUUGAGACGCUUGAGGAUCAUCAGGUUCAGCUCCAGGGCAUCUUUCAGAGCAAGCACAUAUAUCACUUUCUUGGCCAAGUUGUGGAACUUCAGAGACAGCUAACAGUGGCUGACUCUGUGCUGAUGGUCUGGAUGGAGGUGCAGAAGACAUGGGCCUACUUAGAAAGCAUCUUUAAAGGCUGUGAUGAUAUCUGCCAGCAACUACCAACAGAUGCACACAGAUUUCGAAUGAUCGACGCUGAAUUUCAGGAAUUAAUGUUGGACAGUGCAAAAACCAAACAUGUCAUUGAAGCCACCAAUAAACCCAAACUAUUUGAAAAGUUAGAGGAUUUUCAGAAAAGGCUGGCUUUAUGUGAAAAGGCUCUUGCUGAAUACCUGGAGACAAAACGACUUGCAUUUCCGAGAUUCUACUUUAUAUCAUCUGCAGACUUGUUGGAUAUUCUCUCGAAAGGAAGCCGCCCUAAAGAUGUAACGUGCCACCUGUUAAAACUAUUUGACAAUAUGUCUGAUGUGGAAUUCUCCAAAAAUCAUACUAAAGUUGCUGAGGGCAUGUACAGCAAAGAAAGGGAGUAUGUACCAUUCCAGAAGGGAUGUUACUGUAAUGGAGUGGUGGAGGUAUGGCUUGCCUGUCUGGAGGAUUCCAUGAGGGAAAGUGUUAGGUGUCACCUGUCUGAGGCUGUAUCUGUGUACGAGGAAAGGCCCAGAGAGCAGUGGAUUCUUGACUAUCCAGCCCAAGUUGCUCUGACUGCAUCACAGAUAUGGUGGAGUAACGAUGUGGAGCUUGUGUUUAAAAGACUGGAAGAAGGAUUUGAGUCUGCUCUUAAAGACUAUAACAAAAAACAGGUUGCUCAACUAAAUGUGUUGAUUAACAUAUUGUUGAGUGAGCUGAGUCUUGGAAACAGACAGAAGAUCAUGACUAUUUGCACCAUUGAUGUGCAUGCGAGAGAUGUUGUUGCCAAUUUAAUUGCCCAAAAGAUCACCACCUCGCAGGCCUUCCAGUGGCUUUCCCAUCUCCGACACUGCUGGAAUGAGCAGCAGCGCCACUGUUUUAUUAACAUUUGUGAUGCCCAGUUCGCUUACCUUUACGAGUAUCUUGGAAAUACACCACGGCUAGUCAUCACUCCCCUUACGGACCGUUGCUACAUCACACUGACUCAGUCACUGCACCUGACCAUGAGCGGAGCACCAGCGGGUCCUGCUGGGACUGGCAAAACCGAGACCACAAAGGAUCUUGGCCGAGCAAUGGGUGUCAUGGUCUACAUCUUUAACUGUUCUGAGCAGAUGGACUACAGGUCAACAGGCAAUAUCUACAAGGGUUUAGCCCAAACUGGAGCAUGGGGAUGCUUUGAUGAAUUCAAUCGCAUCCCUGUCGAGGUUUUGUCCGUUGUUGCGGUGCAGGUGAAAACGAUCCAGGAUGCCAUCCGAUCUAAAAAGAAAAGGUUCCUGUUUCUGAAUACAGAAAUUGUCUUAAAGCCCUCUGUCGGGAUCUUUAUCACUAUGAAUCCGGGCUAUGCAGGAAGGACAGAACUACCUGAGAACCUGAAGGCUUUGUUCAGACCCUGUGCAAUGGUGGUACCGGACAUUGAGCUCAUCUGUGAGAUCAUGUUAGUGGCAGAGGGCUUCUGUGGUGCAAAGCUUCUAGCCAGGAGGUUUACUUCUCUUUACGUUUUGUGCAAAGAGCUUCUUUCCAAGCAAGACCAUUAUGAUUGGGGUUUACGAGCUGUCAAGUCUGUUUUGGUCGUGGCUGGUGCGCUCAGAAGAAGAGAUAAGACAAAACCUGAGGAUCAGGUGUUAAUGCGUGCGCUGAGGGACUUCAACAUGCCAAAAAUUGUGACUGAUGAUGUCACCAUCUUCCUUGGAUUGCUGCGAGAUCUAUUUCCAGGCCUGGAAGUAGAGAGAGAAAGAGACUGGGACUUUGAAAACGAAGUAAAAAAUACCACAGUUUCUCUCCAACUCCAGCCAGAGGAAGCAUUCAUCCUCAAGGUGAUGCAAUUGGUGGAACUCAUGGCUGUGCGUCAUUCUGUUUUUGUUGUUGGAAAUGCUGGAACUGGGAAAAGCUCGAUAUUGAGGGUUCUCUAUAAAACUUACUUAAACCUGAAGAAGAAGCCUGUCUGGAAUGACCUCAAUCCAAAAGCAGUUGUCAGAGAUGAAUUGUUUGGCUUCAUCCAUCCUGCAACUCGGGAGUGGAAAGACGGUUUGCUUUCAUCGCUGAUGCGAGAGCAAGCGAACAUGUCCCACCUUGGACCUAAGUGGAUUGUGUUGGAUGGAGACAUCGAUCCGAUGUGGAUUGAAUCACUCAACACAGUGAUGGAUGACAACAAGGUCCUGACUCUUGCUAGCAAUGAGCGGGUGCCACUCACCUCAUCCAUGAGGCUUGUUUUUGAAAUUAGCCACCUGAGAGCAGCCACUCCUGCCACUGUGUCCAGAGCAGGAAUCCUCUACAUCAACCAGCAAGACCUGGGCUGGAAUCCAUAUGUCACCAGUUGGAUUGACCAACGAAAACGACAAACAGAAAGGGCCCACUUAACCAUUCUGUUUGAAAAAUAUGUCCCACGUUGUCUUGAGAAGAUGAGAAACACCUUUAAGACAAUCACUCCAAUUCCUGAGAACUCUCUGGUGCAGACACUCUGCACUUUGCUCGACUGCCUUCUAACCCCAGAAAACAUUCCAUCUGACUCUUCAAGGGAGCUUUAUGAGACCUACUUUAUCUUUGCCUGCAUUUGGGCUUUUGGAGGGGCAUUGAGUCAAGACCAGCUCUUUGAUUACCGGCUGGAGUUCAGUAAGUGGUGGAGCAAAGAAAUGAAGACGGUGAAGCUGCCAGCACAGGGGACAGUGUUUGACUUCUACAUCGAUGGUCAAACCAAACGCUUUCUUCCUUGGAGUGACAUUGUUCCUCCCUUUGAAAUGGAAACUGGCACACCAUUACAAGCUGUUCUGGUACACACAGCAGAGACCCUACGUCUUCGCUACUUCAUGGACUUGUUGCUGGAGCGGAGACAGCCGCUUAUGCUUGUGGGGAACGCUGGAGUAGGGAAAACUGCACUUGUCAGGAAUAAGUUAAAUGAUCUGCCAGAGAGUUGCACAACUACAAAAGUACCCUUCAACUACUACACAACAUCCCUGGCUCUGCAGGAGACCCUAGAACGUCAGUUAGAGAAAAGAGCAGGCAGAAGUUACUCACCUGCAGGCAGCAAAAGGCUAGUGUACGUCAUCGAUGAUAUGAACAUGCCAGCUGUUGACGCCUAUGGAACAGUGCAGCCUCACACACUCAUAAGGCAGCAUCUGGAUUAUGGGCACUGGUACGAUAGACAAAAGUUGUCCUUAAAAGAAAUACACAACACACAAUAUGUUGCCUGUAUGAACCCAACUGCUGGGAGCUUCAAUAUCAACCCAAGACUACAGAGACAUUUUUCCGUAUUUGCGGUGAACUUUCCUUCAGCCGAGGUUCUGAUGUCCAUCUUUGGGCAGAUCUUGAGCUGUCACCUGACACAGUACCACUUCAGUUUGCCGGUUCAGAAGAGCAUUGCAGCAGUAGUGCAGGCUGCAGUAACACUCCAUCACAAGAUGGAGCUUAGCUUUUUACCAACAGCCAUCAAAUUUCACUAUACAUUCAACAUGAGAGACAUGUCUAACAUCUUUCAGGGCGUCCUCUUUGCUCAACCUGAGAAUGUAGAAAAUAGCACUGAUCUGGCUCUGCUGUGGCUCCAUGAGUCCUGCAGAGUUUACUCCGACAGGCUAUUAGAUGUCAAAGACUUGCAGCUCUUCCGGAAGCUCCAGAUGGAGACUGUGCAUGAAUGCUUUGAGGGAUUUGAGGAUGAAAAGGUGACAAAUCAACCCCUUCUCUUUUGCCACUUUGCCCAAAUGGGCAAGGAAUCCUCUUACACGGCUGUCACAGACUGGUCUGUGCUCAGGACCAUCCUCACUGAUGCGCUGGAGAGCUACAAUGAACUCAAUGCAUCCAUGAAUCUUGUACUGUUUGAGGACGCAAUGCAACAUGUCUGUCGCAUCAGUCGCAUCCUGGAGUCUCCGGGCAGUCACGGCUUACUGAUCGGGGUUGGGGGUAGUGGGAAGCAGAGCCUGACUCGUCUGGCUGCUUACAUUUCCUCUGUGGAAGUCUUCCAAAUCACAUUACACAAAGGUUGCAGCAUCCAAGACCUCAAGAUGAAUCUAGCGGGUUUAUUCCUAAAGACUGGCGUGAAGAAUCAGCGUGUAGCUCUUCUUGUGACGGAUGCACAAAUACCCGAUGAGCGCUUUCUGGUCAUUGUUAAUGACUUACUGUCAUCAGGUCUGAUUCUCAUUUUACAUUUAUUCUUCACAGAAUCCAUUUUUAACCUAUUCACUCUCUUAAAUGUGCGUCUCCUUGCAGGAGAAAUACCUGAAGUCUUCAGUGAGGAGGAAAUUGAGGGGAUUGUGUCCUCUGUGAGAGUUGAGGUCCGAGCUCAUGGGUUGCUUGACACUAAGGAGAACUGCUGGAGGUUCUUUACUGACAGAGUCCGACUUCAACUGACGGUGGUGGUGUGUUUGUCACCAGUUGGAAAUGAGCUCCGACUAAGGGCCCGUCGAUUCCCCGCCCUCAUCCAGUGCACCACCAUUGACUGGUUUCAUCUAUGGAGCUCAGAAGCUUUGCAGUCGGUCAGCUAUAGAUUCAUCCAGGAGAUUGAUGACAUUGAGCCUGCUGUCCAGGAAUCCAUCAGUCUUUUCAUGGCCUACGUUCACACCAGUGUCAACGAAGCAAGUGAAAAAUACCACCGCGAUGAGAAGAGGCACAAUUACACCACCCCCAAGAGCUUUCUCCAGCAAAUCACCCUGUACACAAACCUUCUGCAAAAGUCCCGGGCCCAGCUCCAGCACAAGAUGAACCGGCUUGACAGCGGCCUUCAAAAGCUCCAAAGCACUGCUGCUCAGGUUGAGGACCUGAAAUCCAAACUAGCAGACCAAGAAUCAGAUUUGACCUUUAAGAAUCAGAAUAUUGAGGCUCUUAUUACAAAGAUUGGACUUCAGACUGAGAGGGUUAGCAGCAAAAAAGAGGCAGCAGAUGUUGAGGCACAAAAGGUCUCUCUCAUCCAGGCAGAAGUGUCAGUAAAGCAAAGGGAUUGUGAGAAAGACCUAGCCAAAGCAGAGCCGUUACUGACAGCUGCCACUGCAGCACUCAACACCCUCAACAAGGUAAAUCUUACUGAACUGAAGGCCUUCCCCAACCCUCCCCCAGCAGUUAUCAACGUAGCAGCAGCCGUGAUGGUUCUUCUGGCUCCACGCGGUCGGGUUCCUAAGGAUCGGAGCUGGAAAGCCGCGCGGGCCUUCAUGGGCAAGGUGGAUGAUUUUCUGCAGGCACUGGUGUCAUAUGACAAGGAGCACAUCCAUGAGUCCUGUUUGAAUGUGGUCAAACAAUAUUACCUUAAAAAGCCCGACUUCCACCCUGACCAAGUUAGGACCAAAUCUACGGCUGCAGCAGGACUCUGUGCCUGGACAGUUAACAUUGUUCGAUACUACGAGAUUUAUUGUGAGGUCAUUCCAAAGAGGCAUGCUUUAUCCCAUGCUAAUGCAGAACUAGAAACUGCAACAACUAAACUGCUGGCCAUCCAAAAGAAGUUGGUAGAAUUGGAUGCUAACCUGCAGAAUCUUACAGCUCAGUUUGAGAGAGCUACAGCUGAGAAAAUCAGCUGCCAACAGGAUGUAACCUGCACCAACCAGACCAUAGAGCUGGCCAACCGACUAGUCAGGGGCUUAGAGUCAGAGAAGGAACGUUGGUCACAGACGCUUGUUCAGUAUGAGAAACAACAGAACACCCUGUGUGGGGAUGUUGCCCUCACGUCAGCAUUUGUCUCCUACAUGGGUUACUUUACCAGGCAGUAUCGUGCUGAACUCUUCAUUGAAAAAUGGAUCCCGUUCCUCAGAUCUCAUAAGGUCUCUGUACCCCUGACAGACGGCCUGGAUCCCAUCCUCAUGCUUACAGAUGAUGCCGCUGUGGCUGCUUGGCAUAACCAGGGUCUGCCAAAUGAUAGGAUGUCAACUGAGAACGCUGCCAUCCUGACCACCAGUGAGCGUUGGCCACUCAUGGUUGACCCACAGCAGCAGGGCAUCAAGUGGAUACGAAGCCACCAAGGCUCCAAGUUGAGAGUGGUGCAACAGGGACAGAACGGUUACCUCAAUGUAAUUGAAGAGGCAUUAGCCUGUGGUGAAACAGUUCUAAUUGAGAAUGUGCUGGAAAAAUUCGACCCAGUCUUGCAACCUCUCCUGGGUAAAAACACCAUCAAAAGGGGAAGGUACAUUCAGAUUGGUGGGAAGGAGUGUGAAUACAACAGUGACUUCCGUCUUAUUCUGCACACCAAACUGGCCAAUCCCCAUUUCCCUCCUGAACUCCAGGCUCAAACAACCCUCAUCAACUUCACGGUGACCCCAGCUGGUCUGGAGGAGCAGCUGCUGGGACAAGUAGUAUCCCGGGAAAGGCCUGACCUUGAAGACCUGAAGAUGGAGCUGACCAGGCAGCAGAACCACUUUAAGAUUGAGCUUAAAAGGUUGGAGGACGACCUGCUGAGUCGCCUCUCUACAGCCUAUGGUAAUUUCUUGGGUGAUAUUUCUCUGGUGGAGCAACUUGAGAUCACCAAGACCACAGCUGCCCACAUUCAAGACAAAGUGUUGGAGGCCCGAGAGAAUGAGACAAAGAUCAACGAGGCUCGGGAAAUAUACCGCCCUGCUGCUGAGAGAGCGUCACUCCUCUUCUUCAUCAUCAAUGACCUCAGCAAGAUUAACCCCAUUUACCAGUUUUCCCUCAAGAGUUUUAUCUCAGUAUUUAUCAAAGCGAUGGAGCAUGCGGAAUGUGAGGAGGAUGUGAGCGGCAGAGUGGCCGCUCUCACCGAGGCCAUCACCUAUUCUGUAUUCCUGUACACUAGCCAGGGCCUGUUUGAGAGAGACAAGUUAACCUUCUUGUCACACACUGCCUUCCAGAUUCAGCUCAAGCAGAACCUGAUCGAUGCCAAGGAGCUUAACUUUCUUCUUCGUUUCCCGGUGGAAGCUAGCAAAAUUAGCCCCGUGGCCUUCCUUUCACCACAUGCCUGGGGAGCCAUUAAGACCAUUUCUUCAAUGGAGGCGUUUAAUGGACUGGACCGAGACAUAGAAAGUUCACCUAAGCGUUGGAGGAAGAUUGUUGAAUCCAGUUGUCCUGAAAAAGAAAGACUUCCACAGGACUGGAAAUAUAAGAGUUGCAUUCAGAAGCUUAUUAUCCUGAGAGCUCUGCGCCCUGAUAGAGUGAUGUACACAUUAAGGAAUUUUGUGGAAGACUUCAUGGGAACAAAAUAUGUUGAGACUGCAAGGUUGGAAUUUGGCAAGUUGUACGAAAGUACCAGCCCAUCAACACCUGUCUUUUUUAUCCUCUCACCUGGUGUCAAUCCACUCAAAGAUGUAGAGAAACUAGGGUUAAUGCUGGGACUGUCAAUCGAACUGGGCAGUUUGCACAAUGUUUCACUGGGACAGGGACAGGAAGAUGUAGCUGAAAGGGUGCUCAGGAAUGCUUCUAAACUUGGACACUGGGUCAUUCUGCAGAAUGUUCACCUGGUAGCACGCUGGCUCCCUGCUCUUGAAGCUCUACUGGAGAGCGAGGCAGUGGAUUGUCACCCCAGCUACAGAGUGUUCAUCACUGGGGAACCAGCACCUAGCCCCGAGCAGCACGUAAUCCCCAGAGGCAUUCUCGAGAAUGCCAUCAAAAUAACCAACGAGCCGCCCACUGGCAUGAAUCCCAGUCUGCAUGCAGCCCUUAACAACUUUAGUCAAGACACUCUGGACAUGUGCUCACGAGAACAGGAAUUCAACUCCAUGUUCUUCUCCCUCUGCUUCUUUCAUGCAUGUGUCACGGAGCGCCGAAGGUUUGGCCCCCAAGGGUGGAACCACAAGUAUCCCUUUAACACCGGAGACCUCACCAUCUCAGCUAAUGUUUUAUUCAACUACUUAGAGUCCAACUCCAAGGUGCCAUGGGAAGAUCUGUGCUAUCUCUUUGGGGAGAUCAUGUAUGGUGGACACAUUACUAAUUACUGGGACAGAAGGCUGUGUAAGGCCUACCUGCAAGAAUUUAUGCAUCCCAAAAUGUUUGAAGGGGAGCUCUAUCUGUGUCCUGGCUUCAUGGCCCCUCCAUUCAUGGACCACAACGGGUACCACACUUAUAUUGAUGAACAUCUUCCACCUGAGAGUCCCUCUCUGUACGGCCUGCAUCCAAAUGCAGAGCUUGAGUGCCUCACUCUCACCUCGGACAACCUCUUAAAGACUCUGCUUGAGCUGCAGCCACAGGACUCCUCCAGAGGAGAGGGGGCAGUAUCGAGCACAGAGGAGAAGGUCAAGUCUAUCAUUGAAGACCUUCUUGACAAGCUUCCUGAGCAGUAUAACAUGGCAGCAAUGCUGGUCAAGGCAUCAGAGCGAAGCCCGUACAUUUCAGUCUGUUUGCAGGAAUGUGAACGCAUGAAUCUUCUACUGGCAGAAAUGAAGAAGAGUCUUGAUGAACUAGAUCUUGGCCUAAAGGGAGAGCUAACCAUCUCUUCUAGUAUGGAGACUCUGCAGUCGGCCCUGUUCAGUGAUGCUGUACCAGAUUCCUGGGCCAGAUUGGCUUACGCCUCCACCAAAACGCUUGCACAAUGGUUCAGUGAUAUCAAGUGUAGCUGUCGCGACUUGGACAGCUGGACACAGGACCUUGUUCUACCUGCCGUUGUUUGGCUCUCGGGCCUCUUUAACCCGCAGUCUUUCCUCACCGCUAUUCUGCAGAGCAUUGCUCGUAGGAAUCAGUGGCCCCUGGACAAAAUGACGUUGACUGCAGAUGUGACAAAGAAGACAAAAGAUGAUUUUGGCCAUCCACCACGGGAGGGGGCCUAUAUUCACGGCCUCUUCAUGGAAGGAGCGCGUUGGGACACUCAGUCGGGAGUCAUCGCCGAGGCAGUUUUGAGGGAUCUGACCCUUCCCAUGCCAGUGCUAUAUGUACGAGCUGCACCGGCGAAAGAGCAGGAGCUCAAAAACACUUACGAGUGUCCUGUGUACCGCACUAAACAUCGCGGAUCCACGUAUGUUUGGACGUUUUAUCUUCGAAACAAACAGCCUCCUGCGAAGUGGAUUUUAGCUGGUGUGGCCCUGCUGCUUUCAGUGUGACGCCUAAUGGAAUGCAAAUAGUAUUAUGAUGCAAAGUUUUGCGUAGCAUGUAAAAAACAAUUUGAUUUAGUCAUGUACAUAUUUUUAUACCUCUUGAUCAUACACAAACCUCUAGUACAUAUUUCUAUGUUUUGACUUUGACAUUGUUUGGUGUCAGCACAGCACUGAUCAUGUGGCGUGUUUUAUUUUAUUUUUUUAUAUAUAUAUUUUUUUUCCUCUCAGAGAUUUGCAAAAUAAGAACAGAAGACCACGAGCUACAUGUUUAAAGCAGCAAAUGUCAUCCAGACAGUGUUGAACCUCUCGCCUGAGAUUGUUCAAUCCGGCCAUGAUUUGUGCAGAACUUAUGUCUCCAUUUUAGACCAUGUAAUUCCGGAUAGGGAGCAUAUUUUAUUGGAAGGUCAAGAUUAAAAAAACUCGCUGGUUGCCCUCUACUAACUGAAUGAUACACAAUGCCGUCUGGAGAGAUGCCGGCCUGAAUUCCCAGGAGAUGAUGUGCAUGGUUGCUAUUGACUUUUAAAUGAGGUGCAUUUGACAUUGACCUUUUGUACGGCUUCGGCAGAAUACUAACAGGCUAGUGUAAUUCAUUCAGCUGGGCCUGCUGAAGAAACCUAUUCAAAGCCAUUGAUAGUUUUCAAUGAGACAGCAACACAUCAGAUUACACGUCUUUUAUAUGUCUGCUGUCUGUCCAGAUGAACCAAAAUAACCCAAAAGCUCUAACAAGACCCCCUGUAAGAUCAUUUAAAACAAAGAUGUGCAAA